AUGACCUCAUCUAAUGACAUAGAGAUUCUUCUUAACCAGCUACUGACUGGGUCCAUUAGUGACGGAGACUUCUCCGAGCAGUUGCACCGGCAUUAUGAUCCCGAGAUCGUACGAGGAAUCUUCAGUCAGGUCAAGAGUCUUGCCGACGACGCCUUCCAUCAAGGGAAUUACUCGAAAGCCAUCGACUCGUACACGGGUUGCAUCGUGAUAGUCCGGAACAGUUUUGAACGGGCAAAAUUGUACAGUAAUCGCUCCAUCUGUUUCUACAAGAACGGUCAAAUUCUUCACUCCUAUUCCGAUGCGGUAAAAUGCAUCGCACUCGCACCUGACUGGCCAAAGGGGUGGUUUAGGGCUUCGAAGGCGCUGAUGGAGCUCGGCAAACUUGAGGCGGCCCUGGCAGCCUUGAAAAGAAGCAAGGAACUGGUUACACAACACAACAGCUUGGGCCCUCCAGGUAACAAUCCCGACGGUAGUAACCGAGAUGGGACUUGUAGGGACGAAAGUAAAGGGAGGGUAAUGGGCGAAUUCAAGAGGGCGGGAACGGGCUUGAGAAGACCAUCUGUUAUCAGCAAGGCAGGGGAAACGCAGAGCAGUGUACAAGUCUCCUCCGCAUCAGCCUGUCCACCGGUGUCAGCGGAAGCCAAGGCGGCUAUUAAGGAAUUCGACCGGGAAAUUGCAGUGGUGGAUGGUAGGCUGCGUCAGAAAAAGAGGAUUGAGCGGUAUGCGAUCGACUAUCGACGAUUUGACCAGCUGGCACAAAUGCUUCAAGAAGAAGAAGCUCGAGAACAGAGCAGCCAGGCGACCGAGUUGGAAUUUUCGAGCUCCUUGAACGAAGAGCAGAAGGCCUACCUUAAGGCUCAGUUGUCGGGGGAAACUUAUCGGCCGUCGGUCAGUCUAGCCGCGACCGGCAGUACCGCCAAGACGCCCCUAGCCGUCGACUGGCGCAAUUACGUCCCAGCGAAGGAAGAAGCCCCGGGUGGUGACGAAGCGGCGACCAAGCCCAAAGUGAUCGUCCGGGAGUUCUUGAAGCUGCAGCGGCUGGUGAACUUCCCCACACGUGUGCUCAACGUCUUUGACAGCGGAUUGGCGCAAGCGAUGAGUGAGUGUGUACUCAACACCUGUCUGGCACUCGGGACGCAAGCCGAAGAGUCUGUGUUGAUAAUCGGAGGAGACUCGCUUCUGCCGGUCGCAGUCGUGGCUCAGCGCUGCAAAUACGCUACCGUGGUCACCACGAACAGCCUGCAAAUUGAUCAGAUCUUGUCGGCAAAUUUGACCCCGGGCUGCAACCUCCGAUUCAUCUCGCCGGACACCAUCCUCAACGGCACGGCGCCGACCCCUGAACGCGUCCCCGUCAGCUCGGGGCACCGGAAGCACUCUUUACUUACGCAGCGACUGCGGUCUCUCUCCCCGGCUUCCCGUAAGAAGACCUGCAAGGAGUUCCCGCCAGGAACCAAGUCCGUGCCUGGAGCCAAGUCUGCGGCGACGGCUGGGAGUACGGAGUCGGCGGCACGGUCGCCGUCUUCGUCGCCUAGCGAAGCUGCCGCGGCAAAGCUGGCCGCCCUCGGAGUGCUCGGCACUAAAGACCAAGUGGCAGACGACCAGUUGGUGUCGCUGCCGGUGAGUGGCUCCAAGGACGACGAUGAGUUGGUCGGUCGGGGUGCGGACAUUUUGAGGAAAUGUUUGUCGCCUCCGUCGUUCUGGAAACCGGAUAUUCUGAUUAUCGAUCCGUGUGCUAUCCCGCCGUACCUGCUCGGACCUGGCUGUCCUUUGAAACUCAUGAAGAAGCUGGAACUUACCGCCUGCACCCUCUUGCCCUGCCGCAUCACUCUGAACGUGGCUCUGGGAAUGAUUCAAACGCGCACUUCCGAGGGCAGCGGAGAGUUGGGCACUGGCUCCCCCAAGAGUUGUUUCCUGCCCGAGGCCGUCAUUGGGUCGCCGGACGACCGCUUCAGUGCGCUCCCGAUGCCGCUGCCGACCCCGCUGCACAACCAGAUUGAGCUGGUCACGGACUUCACUGCGGCCUGGACCCUUUCGGAGUUCAGCGAGAUCCCCUCCGAAGAAAGCAUUGAGCUGGAGCUCUCGUCUUUGUACGGGUGCAGCAAACCCUUCAACAUCGUGGUGAUGGCGCUACUCCUCUUCUCCAGCGGCGACAACCUGAUCGCGGAUACGUGGCAGCUCUUCCAGCGAAACGCAGAACUGGGCUUGGACAGUACACACGGCCUCUGCCCUCACUUCUUCUGGCUCCAUGACAAGAGAAAUAGCCAGGACCAAAAGAGCUCCAGCCAAAGGAACAGCCCCAGCCAAAGGAACAGCGUCGACCAAAGGAACAGUAUUGAUUUGAGGACUGGGGAGGUUCUGUUGCCGCUGACCGGACGGUCAGGAACUCGGCCAGCGCUGCCGACUGUUAUGCCCGUCGAAGGGCAACGGUCUAGUGCCCCCCGUGUGGCUACCCACCGAUCUGCGCCGCGCGAGGGGUCAGAGGCGGAGGAUCGGCGGUGUUCAGGUGUGCUCGAAGUACCGGCCGCAGCGAACACGGUAAGUCAGUCACGGUGCAGUCAGUCGUCGUCUUCAUCUUCGAGCUACAAUCCGCGGGAAGACAGUUGGCUGGCAGAGUUGCGGAAGUCGAUCGUCCCGGGCAGCAGCGUUGAUCGAUUCGAGACACCUCGAGUCCGGGCACCACGGGCCUCGGCCAACUUAGCUCACAAACUCGUUCUUCAUCUCUCCAAAGGCAACAUUAUUGGAGCCAGCAUUUGGGUCGGCCCUGUUCUGACUCAUUCCAGCCAUCAGAACAUCGUAGCCGAAAACAACCUCCUCGGGAACCGGUGGUACGUCCACGAAUGUCUUAUUGCCAGCGCCAACUUGCGCAACGGCCUAGACUCUGCCUCAUUCGGCCUUUGCUCGCCCGAAAUUGGAAUUGCAAGGCCGGAGAUUGGGAGGCCGGAAAUUGGAAGGCCGGAACUGGAGGGGGACGGGCAAGUGGCCGGCCCUCAGUUGAUUCGAAUCGGGACAUCGGGUGACGACUCUACUUCGAUCUAUAAUCUUUGGCUUGGAGGGCUCGAGCGUGUCAAGGAGCAGAAACGGUUGGCGAUGAUGGACCGCGAAAGGAGAAUUAGUUCUCACAUGAUUGUCCAUGAGCCAAGGGUCACAAAGCUCCGCGCGGCGCUGUUUGAGGUUGCCCAUCCCUUGCUGGCUAUUGAGGUUAUUUUGCGCGUCCUCAGGAGGAGUCCCCCUAAGCAGGUUGCUACUUCCAACGCCAUUGCCGUCGAUUGCAGCGCCGACAUUUUUUGCGACAGCCUCUCGUGCAGACGGAUUUUGGACUACUUACUGAGAAAACCCUCUGUCCUGCGCCAGAUCCGUGCCAAGACGUGGGCAAGACGCUUUAAGCAGGGCCUGGAAUGGAAUAGGGGAGUGGACAAACACGCGUGUGCGCCAAAUAGCGCCGACAAAAAUGGCGAGACAAUUCCGUCGGUAGAUCGAGACCAGAAAGAGCAAAAGGAAUCUGCGGAGGAGAUACGCAACAUCCUGAUACAUGGCGACUACCUACGGGUGAAGCAAGCAAGUUUGGCCAUGGUUCGGCCACCGGAAGGAGUCGUAGACAAGACUGACUUGGAGCAGGCUUUGAGUACGUUGUUCAAUUGCCCGCCCGGCACUCCGGGUAUGGAGAGCACGGCCGGCUGUGUGGUCGCCAAUUACCUCUACGACCUGAUGAUCUUCGAAACGCCCGAGUCGCUGGUGGAGCUCGUGGAUUGGGUCCAAGGACAGUAUCUCAGAAGGCUGAUGUACCUCCGGCUGGCGCUGGCGGCGCCGCAAGCUGUGUUCUACCCCAAGACGCUCGUGCUCAAAGGCUUCCUGGCUUGGAUACCGGAGGAGCUUCGGUGCAGAGCAACUGGGACGUGUGUAGACCUGAAGGCCUUGAACGAAUUAAGGUGCGCUAACCAGGCAAUUUGUUGGGACUCGAUUCCCGGAGUCCGACGAGUGAGCGAAGUGGUGGAGGUCCUGAGAGUGAAUGCAGAGAAGGUGUCCUUCGCUCAUAGCAAAGACAUCGUUUUCCCUCAGCUCAAUCGAUACCACACGCGACCUUCUGCCGGGAGGUCCCGCGUCAGGGUCUCAACAAACAGUCCUGACCCUGUGCCGUUUGUCACAUUCUCAGGCGCGGCAGCCCAUACGCAAGGAAAUGCGGCUUGCUCUGAACAAAGCGCCACAGGACAGGACAAACAACGAGAGGAUGCACGAGAAGACCGGCGAGAGGAACCGCUGAAGCGAGAGGAAUCGGUAACCGCUUAUCAGAUUGAGCCGCUGGACGACACGGAUUCAUCGGAAGGAGAAAACAUGUCCAUAAGCUUGACUACCACCACUGGAGUCCUGAAGUCGUCCUUGUGUAACCCAGCGUCACUCGGUCAAGUGACUACGGGAAAGAAGUCCAUGGUUUCUGGUGAGCAAACUGACGAGGAGACGAAGGAGAACACCAAGCUGAACCAGCAGUCCGAGCCCCCGUCUAGAAGCAAGUGGCGAAGUAGCAUGGGCAAGUGCGGCGUUCACAGCAUCCGCGGCCCGACGUUGCACCCUUCCCCUCCCGAGUCACGAGCUACCACGGUGCAGUCGUUGGUGAGUUCUGAAUGGCUGCCGAAAACGCCGAAGUACUACAACGCCGUAAUCACCUACUCCGAGUACGAACUUGCCGACGGCUUGUGGCUAUCUCACCAACCUCGGUCUCUGACCUCUGAAGCCCUCGAAGAACCUGCCACAAGCACUCUGGCUGGUUCUCCAGAACAUUUUCCAGCCAGCGGCUCCACCAGCAGUACAAUGCAGUGUCUACCCAUAUGCAAACAGCGGUGCCACGUGCUGCCAUCAGUGAGCCGCUUACAACAAGAUGGCUCCGAUGAAGGUCUGCGGUGGCGAAUGACGGAAAGCUUGGACGACUACUUUUUCACGCCCCGCAAGUCCUGGCGGUCGGGCGAAACGGCACCCAAGCGGGACGGGACGCUCCAGGACGAUCCACCCAAAGACGACCAGACGCCAAAGGGUGACUCCAUCGGCAGAAUGAAAGGCACCCUCGAGUAUCUACGGCUCAAACAGUCGGACAUGGCCUUGCGCCUCAGUCACCUUAUGGCCCUUUCUCCCGCGGCCACCCAGGAGCUUCAGACCACCGCCCUUCAGCUCGCGUACUCUGGCGAAGAAGAAGACCUGGAACCCAUGGGUCUAAACGCCCUCAUUUUUUCGUCGAUCAACUAG